GCUUGAUCCUGCGAAACCAGACUUGUGGUGCUGGAGGCUCCACGCCGGUGAACGACGUCCUACCCUUUCUGCGCAUACCUGGGAACAUCUCACGCGCUGGGAUGGGUCCAUGGGACGAAGGAUCCGAGAGCUACCAGGUGUGGCGCAGCGUCGCUGUGGAUAAGGCUGUGGAGCUGAAAGUUUGCUGGUGCGACGAGGCGCCAUGCCCGUUCGACUCUUACUUCAAGGUGGAAGCCAUGUACAUCAGCGUCCAGGGCCCGGUGGAGAAGACUCAGGUCGUGGAGUACGGACAACCUUUCGACUUGCUCGUGGAAGGCUCUGGCGGUUUCAAAGCUGCUGACCGCGUCAGGAUGCAGAGUGCUGACACGCCUUGCUUCGAGGAGAACUUGCGCGUG